GGGAGAAUAACGUCGGGUCGGGUCAGCGGGCGCUGCAGUAGUCGCCGCAGCGGCGAUGGGAGCGGUGGGGACCAGGCGGCGGCGGCGGGGGCAGGAGGAGGAGCAGAGGCUGGCACAAGCACAGCGGCUGGGGGCGUCCAGCAGCCGCAGUAACAGCAGCAGCCGCCGCCGCCGCCAGUAAACGCGGACGGUACCCGAGGGGACUACCCAGCCGGCCGGCCCUCGAAGCCGCGCUCCGGUCCCGCCGCACUUGGCGGUGGGGGAUGGGCAGGCGGCGGCCGUCCCGUCUGCUGAGGGUUGACCGCUGCCGGUCCCGGCCCUGAGCUGGACCCGAGCCCUCCUUCCGAAAUCCCUGAGACCGCCACGGCCCAGGUUAAAUGGAAACCACCCUUGGGAGCCGGAUGCCUGUGUAGCCAUUCUGCCACAUCAGUGAAUUGCAAUGAGUGGAGGAGGAGAGCAGCCGGAUAUCCUCAGUGUUGGAAUCCUGGUCAAAGAAAGAUGGAAAGUAUUGAGGAAGAUUGGGGGUGGGGGCUUUGGAGAAAUUUACGAUGCCUUGGACAUGCUCACCAGGGAAAAUGUUGCACUGAAGGUGGAAUCAGCUCAACAACCAAAGCAAGUUCUGAAAAUGGAGGUUGCUGUAUUGAAAAAACUACAAGGGAAAGACCAUGUUUGUAGAUUUAUUGGUUGUGGGAGGAAUGAUCGAUUCAACUACGUGGUCAUGCAGUUGCAGGGUCGGAAUCUGGCAGAUCUACGCCGUAGCCAGUCCCGGGGCACGUUCACGAUUAGCACUACUCUUCGCUUGGGUAGACAGAUUCUGGAGUCUAUUGAGAGCAUCCAUUCUGUGGGAUUCUUGCACCGAGACAUCAAACCGUCAAACUUUGCCAUGGGUCGCUUUCCUAGUACGUGUCGGAAAUGUUAUAUGCUUGAUUUUGGCCUGGCUCGACAGUUUACCAAUUCCUGUGGUGACGUCAGACCACCUCGAGCUGUGGCAGGCUUUCGAGGGACAGUUCGUUAUGCAUCAAUCAAUGCUCAUCGGAACAGGGAAAUGGGAAGACAUGAUGACCUUUGGUCCUUGUUCUACAUGUUGGUGGAAUUUGUGGUUGGUCAGCUCCCUUGGAGAAAAAUAAAGGACAAGGAACAAGUGGGCUCUAUUAAGGAAAGGUAUGACCACAGGCUUAUGUUAAAACAUCUCCCUCCAGAAUUCAGCAUCUUUCUGGAGCACAUUUCCUCUUUGGAUUAUUUUACAAAACCAGACUACCAGCUUCUUACAUCCGUGUUUGACAACAGCAUCAAGGCCUUUGGAGUAAUUGAAAGUGACCCUUUUGACUGGGAGAAGACUGGAACUGAUGGCUCCCUCACCACAACCACUACUUCCGCGACUCCUCAGCUGCACACCCGGUUGACCCCUGCGGCAAUUGGAAUUGCCAACGCCACUCCCAUCCCAGGAGACAUGCUUCGAGAAAAUACAGAUGAGGUGUUUCCAGAUGAACAGCUUAGUGAUGGAGAAAAUGGCAUCCCUGUUGGUGUGUCACCAGAUAAAUUGCCUGGGUCUCUGGGACACCCUCGUCCCCAGGAGAAGGAUGUCUGGGAAGAGAUGGAUACCAACAGGAAUAAGAUAAAGCUUGGGAUUUGUAAGGCUGCUACUGAAGAGGAAAACAGCCAUGGUCAAGCAAAUGGUAUUCUGAAUGCUCCAAGCCUUGGUUCCCCAAUUCGUGUCCGCUCAGAGAUUACUCAGCCAGACAGAGAUGUUCCAUUGGUGCGAAAGUUACGUUCUAUCCACAGCUUUGAGCUGGAGAAACGCCUGGCAUUGGAACCAAAACCAGAUACUGACAAGUUUCUUGAGACCUGCUUGGAGAAAAUGCAGAAAAAUCCCAGUGCAGGAAAAGAAUCGACUCUCCCUGCUCUGCUUCAUAAGCCUUGUGUUCCAGCUGUGUCCCGUGCAGACCACAUCUGGCACUAUGAUGAAGAAUAUCUUCCGGAUGCUUCCAAGCCUGCCUCUGCCAACACUCCUGAGCAGGCAGACGGUGGUGGCAGCAAUGGAUUUGUAGCCGUUAACCUGAGCUCCUGCAAGCAGGAGGUUGAUUCCAAAGAAUGGGUGAUUGUGGACAAGGAACAGGACCUUCAAGACUUUAGGACAAACGAGGCUUUAGGCCCUAAAACAACUGGAAGCCCUUCUGAUGAGGAGCCCGAAGUCCUCCAAGUCUUAGAGGAGUCACCUCAAGAUGACAAGUUCCAGUUGGGUCCUUGGGCAGAAAAUGAUCGUUUAAAGAAGGAAACCUCAGGUGUGGUGUUUGUGCUUUCUGGGGAGUGCCCUGCCACUGCUGCUUCAGAGCAAUAUAUAGACAGGCUAGAACUCCAGGCUGGAGCUGCUAGUCAGUUUAUUACAGCGACACCCACAAGUCCAAUGGAGGCGCAAGCAGAAGGACCCCUUACAGCGAUUACAAUUCCAAGACCUUCUGUGGCAUCUACACAGUCGACUUCAGGAAGUUUUCAUUAUGGUCAGCAGCCAGAAAAGAAAGACCCUCAUACCAUUGAGCCUACUGUGGAACUUUACUCUCCAAGGGAGAACUUCUCUGGCUUGGUCGUGAUAGAGGGCGAACCUCCUAGUGGAGGAAGCAGAACAGACUUGGGGCUUCAGAUAGAUCAUAUUGGUCAUGACAUGUUACCCAAUAUUAGAGAGUAUGACAGAUCCCAAGACCUGGGACCAAAAGACCUUCCUGACCAUAACAGACUGGCUAUGAGAGAAUUUGAGGACCUCCCUCGGGAAUUGGAAGAGAAAAGCAUUGUUGUAGGGUCAGAUAGUAAAGAGGAGAAAUUAAGUAAAAGGCAGCAUUACAUUGAGAUCUCCCCUCUCCCAGGAGACUUGGUAACAAUGGAAAGGGAUCACUCAGCUACUACUGAACCUCUUGAUGUGACAAAGACACAGACUUUUAGUGUGGUGCCAAAUCAAGACAGAAAUCAGGAGAUAAUGACACUUGUGGCAGUUGGACCUUCAGAAGUAUCUCCACGAGUUAUUGACCCAUAUGUUGAAGAGCAGAUAGGCCAGGUGGCAGCAAUGCAAAAAAGUAAGAUAUCUAAGGAGGAUGACAUCAAGGGUGAAGACUUGCCCAAUCAUUCUGGAGACCUCUCUACUUUUUUGCACCAAGAGGGUAAGAGAGAGAAAAUAGCCCCUAGAAAUGGAGAGCUAUUUAAUCCUGUUUCAGAGAGUGAACACUGUCCCCCAUCCCGGAAGGAUGUGGUUAGGUCAUCCUUUGUAACUAGACACAGCCGAAUCCCUGUUCUAGCACAAGAGAUAGACUCAACUUUUGACUCAUCCUCUCCAGUCUCUGCAAAAGAAAAGCUCCUCCAAAAGAAAGCUUGCCAGCCAGACCUCGUCAAGCUCCUGGUGGAGAAAAGGCAACUCAGGUCUCUCCUUGGGGACCUCUCAAGUGCCUCUGAUAAACUGCUAGAGGAGAGAUUAACCGCUGUUCCUGCUCCCUUUUCCGAGGAGGAAGUUUUCACCCCCUUUUCAAGACUGGCUGCAGACUCACACCUGAGCAGGUCAGCUGAAGACAGCUUUCUGGCACCCAUCAUCUCCCAGUCCAGAAAGAGCAAAAUUCCAAGACCAGUUUCAUGGGUCAACACAGAUCAAGUCAAUAGCUCAGCUCCAUCUCAGUUCUUGCCUCGGCCACCACCCGGAAAACCACCUGUGAGGCCUGGAGUAGAAGCCAGGCUCCGCAGAUAUAAAGUCCUAGGGAGUAGCAAUUCUGACUCAGACCUUUUCUCCCGCCUGGCCCAAAUUCUUCAAAAUGGAUCUCAGAAACCCCGGAGCACUACGCAGUGCAAGAGUCCAGGAACCCCUCACAAUCCAAAAACACCACCCAAGAGUCCAGUUGUCCCUCGCAGGAGCCCCAGUGCCUCUCCUCGAAGCUCUUCCUUGCCUCGCACAUCCAGUUCCUCACCAUCUCGGGCUGGACGGCCCCACCAUGACCAGAGGAGUUCAUCCCCACAUCUGGGGAGAAGCAAGUCACCUCCCAGCCACUCGGGAUCUUCCUCCUCCAGGAGGUCCUGCCAACAGGAGCAUUGCAAACCCAGCAAGAAUGGCCUGAAAGGAUCCGGCAGCUUCCACCACCACUCAGCCAGCGCUAAAGCCCCGCCAGGGAAGAGUAAGUCAGCCAGUAAACUCAGCAGAUAGGAGCUGGGCCGCGUCUCUCUGAAAGGUGUGCGAUCUUCCUCCUAAAUUUGAUGCAUGUGUGUCCCUGUACUGUCUGUUUAACAAAGAAAAAAAUCAGUGUUGAUCUUUUCUCACAAAAGAAAGUAACAUGAUAAAUUAUUUAUAAGAAGAUAUAAAUAUAUGAUAAGAAAUUACCUAAGGCAAGCAGCAAGCAGAUCAGGAAUCAGUGUCUUUGCAUAGGAAGGGGCCAUCCAGCGAAAUGGAAGGAGGUGAAACUGGUUAAAUGAGCUCUCAGUUUUUAGAUUCCUUCCAAACAAAAAUAUUGAAGGUAGGUGGUAGACUGGGAUUUUAAGGAGUAUGGCCUGCUUUUUUUUAAGGCUCUACUCAAAGAUUAUAGAGCAAAAGUGAAACUUCUAGUAUUUGCUUUCCAAGCUUCCCAACCUUGGAGAGUCAAAUUUUAAGUCCAAUAUUAAGAGUAUGUGGGAAGUGUGUGCUGGGGAGCCAGUGCUUGGAUACGUUGGGCUGGUGUGUUUAUCUAAUGUAUUGAGAGUUCACACCUUUACUUUGAGUCAUUCCUAGUACCCUCCUUGGAUUUCACAUUUUUUAAAGUUAGUGUUUGCACCUGAUCCAGUCUCUCUUAUUUUAACACAUUCUAAUAUGCUUUUAGCAGCACAUGCUAAGAAUUUAAAAUCCAAUUAUUUUUAAUCUCCUAAUAUUUAUCUUUGGAGCAACAGUUCUUAGUAUAUUUUUAUUGUGAAAAAUAUCUGGUGAAACUUAGGUAAAGGAAGGAGAAGUCUAAAUAGAACUACUUUGCAGGCUUUAGUGCUUUAGGGAGAGGGACAGAGUGUAGAGUAAUACUCUUCGAGAUAGAAGAACCCUCUUCCCUCUGUUGUUUCCUCCUUGUGGAAGGAACACUGACCAGAGUAGCAGACCUUGCUUCCUUACACAUUCUAGGUACCAGCUCUUUCUACUGUCAGCCUCCAAGACAGUACCAGGAAAGGACAUCACUGUGGAAUGUGACUUUAUGCUUUCAGAGCUUUAGAAAGAAACAUAGGAAGAAAUUAGGUACUAUGAGGCUUAAAAUUAUCGAACUUUGUAUUUUAUAUGUUUAGCCAAUAAGGAAUGAGUACCUGAGGAAAUAAAUUUAGGGUCAGUAUUUAGCUUUUAAGGUUUUAUUACCUGCUUCUCCUGUGUUUUAGUUUGAAUAUUUGGGCUUCUUGACCUGAUUUACACUUAAUUUAUAAAGCCGUAAGGAGGAUCAUAUUUGUUCAGAUCUCACUCUUUGCUAAGAGGAAUCAAUCAGAGUUACGUUAGACUAGAUUUUUUAAAUGAGCUCUUUUAUACUUUGUAGUUUUUGUGUUGUAAAGACCUCAUUAAGGUCAGGUAAAUUGGUCUGCUUGCUGUUGAAAUCUGCCUUCUAGCAAACAUCUGUGUUUUCGCUUUGACCUUGUGUUUGCUGCCAAACCUAAUAUGGUUGAAUUGGAAAACAGAAAAAGAAAGAUAUUCCCUCACCAAGUGAACAUAUUCUAAUGCUGCAUCAAAGCUGCCCUGAAGCUGCACUGACUGAACUUUUCUUGUUCUCUUUAUCUGUGUCGAGCUUUUUGAAAAAAACAAACAAAAAACUCAAAACACUAUUGAGGCAUAUAUGGUCUCCCAUAAGAAAUGUAGCAUAAUGUGGAAUCUUAAUUUCUCUCCAGUUUCAAGACUACAGAGGAAUGCAGUAGAUAAGACAUAUUUGCUGUUUAACUAAAGCAACUGUAACAUUGGAAGACCAAUCCUUCUGUAUUAUAUUGUAUAAUAGUUGCUAAAACACUGCUUGCAUGUCUUCAUGGUAAAUUAUAUAAAUAUUUAUAAAUAUAUAGAGAAACUUAUGCUUAUAUAAACUCCUUCUUUCUCAUUCUCCAUUUGUAAUUUCAAGGUCACAGGUGGUGAGAUUGCUUUUUACUGUGUGCCUCGUGUACACUUGGGCCUUGCCUGUCUUCAUCUCUGAAAAUCUUUUCUUGGCAUGUGACACUUCAGAUUCUUUUUGCCUUCCUUGUAUAUAGUGCAAAGGUUGGCAGUCUUUAACAGGCCAAGAUAGGUUAUUUAAUUUUCAUUUUUAAAAAUUUUUAAUAGGGGAAAAAGUACUAGGACAGCUUGUAAUACUGAUUGAGAGGUUUGUCAUGUUAAUCACAUAAUUCUCUCCUAUGGUUAGAGUGGAUAAACUGGGUUGAUAAUCAUGGGUCUACUAUAAAUAGAUUUUUUUUUAAUCUCUUAAAAAAUUACCAUUCUGCUUUCCUCUUUUCAUCUCACUUUGUCAGGGGCGGGGUGGAGGUAAGAAGUAAUCUGUAAUUAAGAAAUUAUCUUGUUUUUCCUGUUGUAUUAGCAAAAUUGUGCUAAAAGUAGCCAGCUUUAAAUCCUGACCCCUCUAAUCAGAAAUGUGCUUGUGGUAACUAUUCGAAAAACUGAUGAGGCUGCAAACUGUAUGAAGUGUGCUAUUUUAUUUCUUACGGGCACUUCUCUGCUAGAAGUUAAACCUGAUAGUAAUGACAACAUGGCAGCUGAAUGUUUUCUCCCUUUCUUGAGUCCUUCCGUUUUUCUCCCAACUUUUCCACUGUGUUGCCCCUUUUCCUAAAUGGCACUGACAAACUCAAGAUCCAGAGAGAGAAAACUUUGCUAUGUAAGAAUGUUUUAUUUUGCACAUAGAAAGAGAGUUAACCAAAGAUAUUUCUGCUCAGACACUUUCAAAAAAGACUAAUUAUAUCUCAUGUAUCAAUAUAUCCACUUAAAAAGACUGUCUUGUAUAGUGAUUUACUCUGCUUUUUAAAAAAAAAAAAAAAAAACCUCUAUGGUUUUAGAUGUCUUGGGCUAAAAAGAGAAGUUGGCAGCCCUGAGCAAAGCACUUUUGGCACAAGGGUUUUUGUUUUUGUUUUUAUUUCUGUAUGAUACAGAAAAUGAAUUGGGUUUUGUUGUUAUUGUUCUUGUUAAAUUUAUUAUUUGUUUUAGUGGUGGCAUAUUUCACAUUUCAGUGACAUAGGUCACCCAAGUAAUUCUGAACCAGUUUGGUUAUUCUAAAAUGAGGGACUUGGCUAUCCUUUAAAGUCAAGCCAAACUAUAUUAAUAGUAAUAUGGGGAAGAAGUAAAAAUUACCUUUUGAAAACCAAGUGCCUCCUAGAUUCUCCUAUCACAACAAAAUGGUUAGUUACCUUGUCACACUUGCCCUUACCCUCCCUUGUCCAGUCUCUGGAAUUACUUGGGUGGAGCAGAAGAUGAAAUUAGCCAUAACUCAGUCUAUUUAGGUAGCUUACUCCUAAAUUAUGCUGCCAAAUCUCCAGGGUGUAUAGAUUGUUUGAAAUAUUAAAAUUCCACACAGCAGUCUUUUGCACAGCUUAAAGGCAUUUAACUUUAAGGUAUAGUGAACAAAGAAUGAAAAUUGGGUCAUAUCAAAUUUAACUGUAAAGCACAGAUUAUAAACAUACUUGAAUGGUGAGUCUUAAAUAGACACUGUUGCUCUCAACUAUGGUGUGCAGGCUGGCCUUGCUGACAGCAGCAUAGUUACAUUGUUUUUAAGUUGCAUGUUGUGAAGUGAAACUUUUUUUUUAAGGUGCAAGUUAAUCAAGUCCUAAAUAACUAGCAAAAUGGUAAUUGAGACCCACUAUUGCCAUUAUCCACUCUGUAUUGUUUGCUUUGAAACACUAAACAAAUCUCAGCUGCUUACUAAUCCAGUGGACUAGGGUGCAGUAUCUCUCUCUGUAUCACUCUUAGCCACUACAGGAACUUGAGGUUCUUCUGUAACGAUCAGAGAUUCCUUCCAGGCCACAGAUUUUUAUGUGAAUGGUUCUAUGGUUAUAUUUAAUUGACAAGGAAAAAUAUUGGUGCAUGUUUUAUAAACCCAGACACAGAUAGUUAAAACCAUAACUAGUUUUUAUAUAUCCAAUAGCUUUGAAUUAAAAACAGAUGCUUCUUCCCUCAAGAGCAGAGGAUUCUUUGUUUUAGGAACUACAUUCUUAAUCUAACAUUAGAAUUGGUGAUAGGAGAAAAAGGAUCCAGAAUUCAGAAUUUAGUGACUUAAGGGAAAAAUGCAUCUUACUUUGGCUACUUGAAAACACAUUUAUUGUAGAUAAGUCUAGAUUUAGCCUUGAAGGUCAAAAUUUUCACAUUUUAAAACUUUUUCAUUCCUUGUGACAUAUGUUAGGAAACUAUUUCUUUUGUCAUCUUUAUAUGUUUUGGAAUUAAGUUAUAUGCAUUCACUGUUUUAAAAUCUGCCCAUUUCUGUUUAUGUGUAUUUGCCACACAUGUGUCGGGACUUUGCCUAAAGGAGAGAUAUUUCAGCACCUGUAUCACUGAGGAGAUAGAAUGGUUGAUGACAACUGUGUUGUUUAAUUUUCUUGAGUUUGGUACUAUAGACAGUUGUUUGCAGAACAUCAUCUGUGUUCUAACAAAGUAUUCAGGAUUAAGGCAUGUAACCACUGUGGUAGUCCUCACAUGUCAGUAUUUACCCAAGUUCAGAAAUCACAGGUGCAUAUUUAGACCUUAACUUAGAGAUGGAAACAAGAGGCAGUUCUAAUCCACAGACCAUACAGAAAGAGUAGUUCAUGGGAAACCCCAGGUGGUUGUUAGGACGUCCCACUUCAUCCAGUAGAACUCUGGUAUAGAAUUCAAAGAUGUGGGAGUAGUGUGGAAACAUAUCAUUGGAUAUUCUCCAGAGUUUGGCUGUCUCUCUGGAAUCAUGAGAAAUUUAAGCCAGUUAGACUCAGGAGACUGCAGAAUCUGUUGCCAGCACUGCUAGGGAGAACUGCAGGCAAUAAAUGGGGAAUUCCUAUAGUUCUUAGGUAACUCCAGCAAAUGGGACAAGGAUCCCCCUAUUGAUUUAAAGGGAAAUCUGGAUGCUACACACCUCAAAUUCUUGAAAUGAUUAUAUUAUAUUCUUGACCCAUCAGUAUAUUUUCUAGUUCAGUUGUGGUUAUCUGUUCCAAAUUUUAAAACUAACAUAAUCUUGAUGUUUAAUUACUUCCCUUAGCGAUCCGAAAAUCAGAGUAUGUGACAAGAUCAAAGUCACCUUGACCUGAUACACAAUCUUAAAACACUAAAGGGCCAAGUAAAAACCUUUAUUCAGUAAUGAUUUGAUGAUUAUUUCCAUAGAUUUUGCUGGAUUCUUGGUCUUAAGGAGACAUGUAAAGGAAGUGAGGUAUUUUUCUUCAUUGCCCUGUGAAACUUUAACAGGAUUUGCCUCUUUAAUUGAAGUGACAGUAUGGGCACAGUGUAUAUCUCAGAUGCUCUGGGCCAGGGAUUCUGGUUUCCUUGACCAAGAGAAUAGGAUUCCAUGAGGCAGACCUUUGAGCCCAUGUGACUAUAGAACUUGCUGACAUAAUCUUACACACUAAUGAUAGGAAAUUUUCUCUUUCUUUUCAGUAGUUUAAUUGUUUCAUGUUGUGUACAUAAGUGUUCACUCACGAAGUUAAAAACACUGGGUAAACCUAAUUUUUAUAUAGACUCCCCCUGCCAUAUAUUCCUCCCCCCACCCCUUAAAAUAUACAGUUCAAAUCCUUAAAAAUUCCUGUACGGCACUGCACCAUCCCUGGGUGUUCUUCUCAUCCACAAGGGAUAAACAAACCUACCAGAGUAUAUUUUAGGGAUCAACACAGGGAAGGGAAAACCCUUGGGAUUUUUUUCUUUCUAAACUAUUCACCAGUUAGAUAAAUUAGUUCACUAAUUCAGAAAUACAAAUAGAGGAAGCUAAAGGAAAUAUAACCUGCACCACUGGGGCUCUGAGAUUGGAUUGCGUGAACUUGUGAACUGAGUAAAGAAAAGAACCGAUGACACAGGCUCGCGCUUCCUCACUUCUCCUGCAGUUCCUGGUUCCCCUCCCGACUCCUUUCCUGAAAUAACCAAGUGCUGAUGUCAUUAGGUCAUUUACUUACAAGUUUACAGCUUUUAGGAAAAAAGAGUUGAGAAGCACCUAAUUUUGAAUUAUAUGUAAAUCUUGAAAGUUUCUAACUAUUGGCAUCUUUUAAAUCAGAUGGAACCACAAACCAGAAGAAUUCACUCAUCGAGCAAGACAAGUUAGAGUAAUUUAACAGUUCCAUAGUUUUCUCCCUUUCUUCUCUUCAUGAAAUCAGUGAUGAGAAACUGCUCUUUGAAAUACCUCCAAAGGUAUUGUAUUGUAUCUCUUUCCCCUCCAAGCAGCCCUCUUUAUGCAUUUUUGCUCAGGCAACCAAGGACAUAGAGUAUUGGCAGAAACAUGAGUGCUUUUGUAUAGGCCAUCUGUACAUAAAAGUGUAAUUAUUUAUUUAAUUUUCCCAUUUGUAUCAUAUUAAAGCUUUGUACAGUGUUUUAAGUUCUGUUUUAAAAUUAUUUUGUAUUUUAUUUUUAUAAUCUAGUAAUAAAAUAUUCAUUCCGCAUGCAAACUCUA